AUGCCUACUGGCAUAUGGCUAUUACGUCCUGUGUCAGAUGUUUGGAAGCAGUCUGUUGUGAAUGUCCUUGAGCAUGCGUGUUCAAGUCCUCCCCCUUCAACCGUGAAUGAGCAUCUUGAAAGUACACUAUGCAGGGAUUGGUCGAUAAUAGGAAUCUUGGAAUAUACAGCAUCAAAAUUCGAAUUAUCUAUGACUACAUUUGAGAUUCUCAAAGCAGAUCUGUAUUUAGUGUUAUCGAGUUUAAGCGAAAGUAAAAGCCUUCACGUUCACCAGAAUGCCAAAAACAAGGCAAAUAAAGUUAUUUCUAGCUUUGAUAAAUUAUUCACUUCGGUUGAUGUGAAACGUUUUAUUAAUGAAAUUAAAUUAAAAAACGAAAGAAUGGAAUUCAAUACAUCUGUGUGUCGAAAUGUUACAUCAGCAAAUACAUUACAAGUAUUAAAGGAACAUCAUAUGACUAGAAUAGAAAUUAAUGACAUACGCAAUGAAGAAGCUGCUGCCUCUGGUAAUUUAAUCAAAACUUUGAAUCAAGGUGUUCUGCCAAACUUGGAAGAGACCUUUUCCGCCGUCGCUAUAGGGUGUAAACGAGCAUAUCCUCACGUCGAUGAUGAUGAGAUGCAUUCAUCCAAGAAGUUGUUGCAUGAGGAUGUGGAAGUGCAAGAAACUUACAAGGACAUUGAAAAUGGACGCCAAGAACCACAUCUUGUGGAAUUAAAAGAGUCCAAUUGGAACAUAAAUUUUAAUGAGGCUUUAGACAAGGAACCAAUUUUUGGACUUGAUCAUGAUGAAAGACUAAAUACGAUACAUAAUGAACUUAUACAUCUUUAUUAUAAUUCCGAUGUUCGUGAUGUAAUUAGGAUGGCUAUUGUAAAUUUGGAUGAUGAUAAAAAAAAUGAGACUACAUCAUUUAAAACGAUUGCAUCCCUAUACACAAAACGUUCAAGCAGAUUUUUCGACCUUACAACACAACGGGAUAAUAUUUUUAAAAUGUUAAAAGAAAUCAAAGAUAUUUCAAGCAUUAAAAAAGCGCAAAAGUUUGUUUCAGACUUCAAUGGAAUGAGCAACCUAAUUUUGGAUAGAAUUCUAACUGUUGAAAAUUUUAUAUAUUCAACUGUUAAACUCCUUUCAUACCAGGCAAAUAAGGAGCAUAGACAUCUUCUUUGUAGUAAAAACCAAAGAUCAAGAAAUUCAUUGGUCCCUGAUAUCAAAGUGGUGUAUAAAAAACGAAAAAUAGAAAUGGUAGUAGUUGAACAUCAAAAAAGAACUUCAGUGGAGGACAAAAAAAAAAAAAUCAGAGAUACUACCAAGAUAUGUGUAAUGAUGCAUUAUCAACUAAGUAAAAUUUAUAAAUGCUUAGAGAGUUAUGGUAAAGGCAAUAAUAUUAAGGAUAUUUAUGUUUAUGGUGUUAUUACUUCAAAACUUGAUGUGGAUAUUUAUGCUAUGAAUAUUUCUGCUCCUGAAUUAUAUCUUUUUUAUAAAAUAUUCAGUUUCAGUUUACCAGAAAAUAUUUAUAAUUUUGAUGAUAUAACUUAUGCAUUAAAAUGUCUGAUAAAUUUUCAAAAAAUGGUAGAUGAUAAUUAUAUCCAAUUUAAGAAUAUUUUAAAUGGAGAACCUAAUAUAUCAAUACAACAAAUAAAAUGGUUAGUAAACAUCAAAAUUUCUUCAAUUACUUUAUUAUCAAAGAAAUAA